UGUUGUAUGCCUUCAGCGAACGAAUCGGGGGGAGAAAAAAAACUUAAUCUUAGAAGUUCCCAUCAUGGACCUACAUUAACUAGUAUUAAAUCUAAAGAGGUUUAACAGUGGUGCAGUAUCUUAACACUCCGCGGUACGUGGAUGCAGUGACGAAGAAGCAGCUUGUUAAGCAACAGGGGAAUUAGUAUUUUGUCGGGCUAAUAUCGUUAAGUGUGGCGACACUUUAGAGACGGUGGGGGGGGGCAUUAGCGGACUUUGACGGAUCCCCAGCGAGGGAAUAUAACAACUUCACCCAUCACAGUGUGGGACUGUUGUUUUUUUCUUCACAAAGGAGAGUUUCUUUUGGUUUUCUGGUGCCGGCGUUGCUGCUGCCAAAGUUACCCGGCGGUGAGGUGCAGCCACGCCGGGAGAAGGCUCCGCUCGACGGCCGCCUCUCCGGCUAUAGCUCGCCUGCUGCUGCUUCUUGGAUCGCGGCCUUGUCGAUGAGGCGACAAUGCUUGACAUAAUGUCCGAGCACCAAGAUUCACUGUUGACGUGCAAAACUGAACCUUUGCCCCCAGAGAGGAAAAAGAGGACAGUUGAGGACUUCAAUAAGUUCUGCAGCUUUGUCCUGGCCUACGCUGGUUACAUCCCCAGUCCAAAAGAGGAAAGCUCAUGGUCACCGACAUCAUCCAGCUCUGCACACAGUUCAGGGCUGUCGGCAGAUGGGGGUGGCGGAGGCAGCAGCUCCAUGGGUAAUACUUGGGCAGAUGGAAGCUCCGACAUCCACACCAUUCAUACAUUCGUCCGCAAAGCUCGAGCAAACAAGGGCAAAAAUAUUCGCCGCAUGCACUCUGAUAGCACUCUGCUGGACAAGAUGCGCCUUAAAGACUCCCUAUACGAGAGCCAGGCCAGCACUAAGGCGGAGCGCAAAAAGGACAAAAAACUUAAAAAGUUGUCACUGGGUUCUGCCAUGACGGCGGCAGAUAGUGGCAGUAGUGAAGGCGAGAAGAGAGCCCGCAUCAAGCGCAGCAAAAACUCAAAACAGCCAAAAGCUAAGAAGCUUAAGAGUUCAGCCACUCAAAGUGAGACAGACUCUGAGGCACGGCACACACACACAGAGGUACGACCCGGGGCAGAGGAGCUAACAGCGCAUGGUGACUCCACCCCGACUGAGCAGGGCCUGGGGAAGAUGCAGCCUGAGGAGUCCAUAAGGGAAGCAGAGAUGAGCUCCAGUGAGGGUGAGACCUGGAUCGCAGAUGAAGACAUUAUGGUGGAGUCAGGUGAUGACUCGUGGGACUUGAUCACCUGUUACUGUGGGAAGCCAUUCGCGGGACGGCCAAUGAUCGAGUGCAACCAGUGCGGCAUAUGGGUGCACUUGUCAUGUGCGAAGAUCAAGAAGUCCAACGUUCCCGACAUCUUUUACUGCCACAAGUGCAGGGACAUGAGGCGAUCAGGACACAAAAAAGACACCUAGAGAUGAAGCGGAUGGAAGGGACAAGGAGCACCCACCCUGUUUUUUUGUUGUUGUUUUUUUCGCUGUCCUCCGACACUUGUUUUCUUUGAUGCCUACAGCCAAAACAGCCUAAAUUAUCACCUGGAUGGCAACUGUAUUGUCAGGUUGUAGGAUUUAUUUUGACAAUCACAACCAUUAUUUAUCCCUCUCUGUAUUUCCCCCCUUUUUGGCUACUGUGAAGAACUGGAUAGACGGCUACAGUGACAGUGGAGAAUCAUUUAUUUGUUACUAAUUAAUUCCUGCAUUAAUUGGCUUCAUUGUGCACUGUGCUCGUGACGUGAACAUAGGUUUUCAUACUUGGGUUCUCAUAUUCACUGAAGGCGCAAUUUUAUUUUUUAUUUUUGACUUAUAAAUUAUUUCUCGAGGAUAUCGACAAAUCAGUGAGAAUUUCAUUUAGUCUCAAGGAGCCGUGUUUUUUCUGCUCGAUAGCCAUUUCCGCUCAUCUUUAAAUCAAUGCAAGUUUCACACAUUGACUCAUUGUAUAAGCUUAAGAGAUGGAAAAUGUCACUCCUGUUAUUUGUUUAGAAGUACGUCAUGAUGGUAGAUGGGCAGCUCAUUUUAUUUUUGGAUUAUAUUUUGGCGAUUUAUUCCUGAGUUUGCUUCAGUCGUCAGUGGUGCUCACUGAACCUUACAAUGUAGAGACCUCACUACUCUAGAGUAAGUGAACCUUGAAUUAAUAGAAUCAGCUAACAAAUAUUAUUUUGCAACUGCAUCUAAAUUUUCAAUUGCACACAGACAAUUCUUUUAGCAGUGCACUUUUUUUAACGUAAACCCAAAUACCAUUUCCGCUGCAUAUAUGGGUGGUAAUUGGGACUUAUGAUGAAUUACCGCUGAUUAAAUCUGUACUUGGCGUGUGGCUGUGUACAUUCACAAAUGAGCGCUUAAUGUUUCUCCCUGUCUGGCUUGUUAAUCAAUCACUAAUAGCCAUUUACCAUGAACAACAUUUACAUUGAAAGCUGUUAAAUUUUGAUGUUUGUUUUCAUGUUGGUUUUUUUUGUUAUUCAUGUUUUUAAAAAACAACUCAUCCGAUACGAUGGAGGGUAACGUUGCUGUAAGACAAAUGGUUUGGCAGUGCUUUACGAUGUCAAAAAGUGGCUCAGAGGUUUGUUUAAGAAAUGUUGUAAAAUAUUUUGUUUUUUUUUCUAUUUCACGUAAUUGUUUAUUUCUUAGCUUUCUGAAAAGCAGGAUUAGAUAAGCGCCCCCCCC